GAUUAUAUGUUGUUCUUAGGGCCUGGUUUUGAUUGCCCAGCUUUUUCUAGAAGCUACGGUGAAGCAAUGACUCAGCCUUCAGAAACCUCCUGAAGAAUCAAAACCAGAGUACUAAUGCCACAGAUUCUGAAAUCGAAUGGCAUCAGCAAUCCCACUUAGGCCACUGACAUGUCAACACGGAAUUAAAUUCCUCGCAUCUCGGAACAAAUGUACCCAAAUCAGCAAUGCUAGUUCUCCUAUUAGAUUCAUCACCCAUUUCACUGGUCCUCACCAUCAUCGUCUUCAUCUUCCUCUUUCGCUUUGCUCUCUUCUUCUUCUACCUCGCCCUGCUCUUUCUCCUCUGCUCAGAACUCGUUCACCUCACUUUCGACCUUCUCUGACCCUCAUGACCACCACCCAGGCCGCCUCCGAAUCCCCACAAUCCUCCACCAAAACGGUGAGGCUUGUGAUAAAGGGGAGGGUUCAGGGUGUGUUUUACAGGAACUGGACUAUAGAGAAUGCAACCCAAUUGGGGUUGAAGGGUUGGGUGAGGAACAGGAGAGAUGGGUCUGUGGAGACUCUGCUUUCUGGGAAUUCCGAUGCGGUUCAGGAAAUGGAGCAGAGAUGUCGGCGUGGUCCUCCUUCUGCAAUGGUCACCGGGCUUGAGGUUUAUCCUAGUACUGAUGACCCUGGUUCUGGAUUUGAGCUCAAACAAACGGUUUGAUCCAUUUUCUCUGAGUCAGCAUCCAUCUGGUAUGGUAGUAUUGUAUAUACUUAUUAGGUAUAUAGAUUGUGCUUCUAUGGUUUUGAACCUUUAAUAAGAAUCGAGAUAAAUCACGAAUUAUAUUUGUGCUUUUGUUGUUCUAAUAAUACACGCACCGGACAACUUCCUAUCAUUGUGUUUCAACUAUCUAGUUGGGUGUUGUUGUAUUGAUGACUAUUCUGCAUAUGAAACUUUAGAAGAACUAUGAUGGAAUAGAAAAAAAAAUAUGCAUGGCACACUAUGCUUGUUUAGCUGAACCAGUAAGGAACAAAUGAUAUCAUCUGAGAUUUACAGAACAUUGU